AUGGUAGCUGUAACAUGCCCCUUUCAAACUGUGAGAGGAGGCGCGGCAAAGCUCAACACUGGGUUCUAUAUACCGCUUGUUGGUCUGGGGACCUAUAAGAUCACAGGAGAUCAGGUAAAACCAGCAGUGGACGCAGCCUUGUCCUGUGGCUAUCGAAUGUUCGACACUGCGAAAUACUAUGUGAACGAGCCAGAGUUGGGAACUGCAUUGGAGGAACUCCUCCCAAAAUAUAACCUCAAACGGUCGGAUAUUUUCCUCACCACCAAAUUCUUCCCUGACUCGAAUGAUCCUGCUGCUGCAGCGAGGAAACUCGUAAUGGAAUCACUGGAAAGGUUGAAAACGGACUACAUUGAUAUGGUGCUCAUUCACUAUCCAAAGGCUUCUGAGGUCGAUGAAAAAGAUGAGCGAAAUCCGCUCCAUCGUAAGUUAACCUACUUGGAGCUGGAGAAACUCAAAGAUGAGGGUAUGAUUCGUUCGGUUGGAGUGUCGAAUUUUGAAUCACGUCAUAUUGAGGAAAUCAAAAACUACGGCAAGAUGAUGCCUUGUGCCAAUCAAGUUGAGUAUCAUCCACAUUUUACUCGAGACGAAUUGAAGGAGUACUGUGAGAAGGAAGGAAUAUUUUUCCAAGCUUUCUCUUCGCUUGCUCGUCAACAACCAGAACUAAUCGAGGAUCCAGUCGUUGUAGCUCUAGCGAAGAAACACAACACUUCGGUGCCAUUGGUGCUACUGUCUUGGGCCCUUAGCCAGGGUGUCGGAAUAGUUCCUAAGUCGUCAACACCUCAACGAAUUAUUGAUAAUUUAGACGUAGCGGAUAUGAGGUUGGACGACGACGAGAUAGAGUCCUUGCAUAAGCUGAAUCGCGAUCAGCACUAUAUUCGAUGCUACGGGUGGCGUGUGACAUAA